CAAACAUCUUUGGGGAAACAGGUUGAGCGUGUGUUUCUCUCCAAGAACCCUAAAUCAUUUCCCGUUAUACAGUACAGAGACGAAUUCGCAGCAUGGCUGAUGAGAAAGCAAUAGCAAUCGACGAAGCGGAGAGUGGGGCACAAUUAGAGACCCCAGCGACUACGUCGGACUCCACGGUGAACCCGAGGGAUUGGAAGAACUGGAAGUAUUGGAAGUCCAUGGGCAUGGUUGCACUGAAGUGGAUGAGGGCCAACCUGCUCUUGGCGCUCACCCUGAUUGCGGUGAUUAUUGGUGUUUUCUUCGGGAGUGUCUUAAGGAAGGCUGAGCUCACAGAAAAUGUGAUUAAAGCGAUUGGUCUACCUGGUGAUAUCCUGGUCCGGCUCUUGAAGUUGCUCGUCCUACCGUUGAUAGUCUCGAGUUUGAUCACGGGUCUGACGAGUCUUGACACCAGAUCCUGUGGGAAAUUGGGAGCACGGGCACUCGUUUACUACUUCACGACAUCGUGCAUCGCUGUCUUCAUCGGAAUCAUCGUCGUCGUCGCAAUUCGUCCUGGUAAGCCGAAAUUCCUGGAUGAACAUGGCAUCGACCUUGAUGAAAGAAGUGAUUCAGCAAAUCCCCUCGAUUCGCUCAUUGGUAUCCUGAGGAAUCUGUUCCCGUCCAACCUUGUACAAGCGUGUUUUCAACAGGCGAAGUCCUCCUCUGAAGAAAAGACCGUAGAGAAGUAUGAAGCUAUAAAUGAAACAUACAGAUCGGUUUGUCGUUUGAAAAACGCCUCGGAAUCAAGUUUUUGCUCCUCUAAAAAUGUGACGGUGAUAGCUAGGACGGAGGGCUACAGUAACAACAUGAAUGUGCUAGGUAUCCUCGUUUUCACUAUCCCUUUCGGUGUACUGCUGAGCAGAAUGGGAGAGCGCGGUCAUGUCAUGGUGGAAUUUUUCAGGAUAUUGUCUGAGCUCACUAUGGAGCUUGUCAACAUCACCAUGUGGUACUCUCCGUUGGGUAUCAUGAGUCUGAUCUGUGCUAAGGUCCUCGGCAUGGGGGACUUGUCAGAAAUCGUGCCUAUUCUAGGCCUGUACAUGCUGACCGUAGUGAUGGGGCUUCUCAUCCAUCUUGCUGUCCUGAUGACUAUCUUCUACGCCAGCACCAGGAAAAAUCCACUCACCUUCUUUGAAGGAAUUCUCCAGGCCUGGCUCACAGCAUUCGCCACUGCUUCGAGCUCUGCGACCCUCCCUGUCACUUUCCGUUGUCUCGAGGAGAACCUGAAGGUUGAUAAGAGGGUGACACGAUUCGUCCUCCCCAUUGGCGCAACAGUCAACAUGGACGGGACCGCCCUCUACGAGGCCGUAGCGACCAUUUUUAUCGGGCAACUGUAUGGAAAGCCCAUGGGGUUCGUUAAGCUCGUCACAAUCAGUCUUACGGCUACCCUUGGCAGCAUUGGUGCGGCUAGUAUACCGAGUGCAGGUAUUGUCACCCUCGUUCUAGUCUUGACUGCAGUCGAUUUUCCUAUAUCAGAGAUCAGCCUUCUGAUGGCCGUCGACUGGUUCCUGGAUCGUUGCCGUACAUCCAUCAACGUAGUUGGCGAUUCUUACGGAGCUGGUAUAGUGCAUCAUCUUUCUCAGAAGGAGCUAGAAGCACUCGACAAGGAGGAGGCUGAAUUGGAGCUGGAGGCAGGUAAAGGCGAUGACGUCAUCCACUCCGGGAAAGCCGAGAUAGAAGAUGCAAAAGUAGUAGAAAACGUUGACAAGAAAGAAGGGGCCAACUGCGAGUCUGGUGUGUAGACUACACUUCGACGGAAGAUAGAGUAAUUUUGUUUGUUCAGAUGUCACUUUCCUUUGUUUCGUAGUAUGUAUAGUUAUCACGAAUAAUCUACAGUGUACAAGUAAUCAGGUGCAGUAUUUACUCAGUUUCGUUCACAUUGCGUUACAGACAAGUUGAGUUCUGGUAGAGACGAAGAAACAAUUUGUGAGAUUAUUCAAUUUUGUAUGUCAGUGUGGAAGAUUAUUACGUUCAUACAGUAAAAAUAUCCCCUGAACAAAAAAAUAUUUGAAUUAUGAGGAAAAAUUUCUGAAAAGUUUGAACCGAACUGUCAUGCCACAUUUUUUUUUAUCUAGUAUAGUCAUUUUUUGUUAAUUUAUGUGCGUUGCGUGUAAUUUCAAGAUAGUCUGAGUCAAUCCGUUUCCAUUUCGAUCAUUCCCAAAACGUUCUCUCCAUCUUCUCCAGAUGUUGUUUCUUCACAAUGCAAUUGCAUGACUACUACUCAACCUUAUAGUAGAAUAUUUAGAAUAAGGCGAAUAAAUUGAAGACUAAGCCUUGAGUAGAAAAGCUUUUAGAAUCGUAUGUAUUUACUCUGAGAUAUAUCUUAGUCAUGUUUAUGAUAAGAUUAUUUUGUUUUUGGAAGCAGUGUUAAACAGUCAAGUUAGACAUUUUGCCAUGAUUGUAUAUACAUCGCAGUGAUUAUCAAUUGUCUUUUUGUAUUAUUCUUUCUAUAUUUUAUUGGUGUCAUUUUCAGUGUUCCCCUUUACAUUGUUACAACGCUCUCUCUCUCUCUCUCUCUCUUUCUUCUCUUCUCUCUUCCAUCGCCCCCACACAUAAACACACAGAUUAACUCUCUCUUGCCAUCUAUCUCUUUCUUUCUCUUAUUAUUUCACUUUCUCUUUCUCACAUACACUCACACACACACCCACACCUCCCCAUCUCUCAAACUCUAGAUCACUCCCUCCCUCAUCUACAUGUGCAUUUUUUUCUCUUUAUUUAUCUGGCGUUUUCUAAUACUGAAACGUUCGCUCUAUACUGAGCCCUUUUGUGAUACGUAACCUUCCUCUACUCUUGAAAGUUUCAGUCACUUUUUGUGUAUCCCGUACAAUACAUAUACAUGUAUAUACUU